ACUUCGAUGAAAUAUAAUUCUAACAUUCCUAGCAGUAUUUCUAUUUCAAUUUUGAUUCUGAAGAAACCAUAAUAGUACCUAUCACUAAUUGAAAAUGAUGAAAACUAAUUUUUACCUACAUACCUAGAGUUAGUGUAUUUCGGUUGACUAAUUAUCCAAAUGCGUUGUUAUUUUUUAGCGGAAGCUAAACAAAAGGACAGAACGGAAACCCAGUAAAAGAACGUGAACGAAAUGUUAUGAUCAUCGAUCUGGUUAUUGUCGCCGCGACUUACAAUAGGUCACAUGCUGAAUUAAAAAAAAUAACAGAGAUGAAAUUAUAUUUGGAGGUGAUGUUUUGGGGUAUUCUCUUGAAAAGUUGUUGUUCUUGGAGAGAUCCUCCACCAAGGGCGAAAACGAAGCAAGGAAUUGUAGAAGGGGUCAACCUCAAAACAGAUACUUCACGCUUAGGUGUAUUUUAUGGCAUCCCCUAUGCUGCUCCACCAAUUGGACCCUUAAGAUUCUCGCCACCUAUGAUGCAUCAGGGUUGGAAUAAGACGUACCAAGCGUUCAACACCAAAUCUAGAUGUCCUCAACUGCCAGCAAAAGAUAAUGAGAAUGAAGAUUGUUUAUAUUUAGAUAUAUGGGUGCCACAGGUGAAUUCGUCUUUACAAAAACCUGUGCUUGUAUUUGUUGGCGGUGUGGAUUUUGCAAGAGACAGCAAGCUUUUAUUUAAUGGUCAAGAUUUAGCAAGCAGAGGAAUCAUUGUUGUGAGAGUGACGUAUAGAUUGAAUAUAUUCGGAUUUUUUUCCAUGGGAUCUAGAGAAUUCAGAGGAAAUAUCGGACUUUUGGAUCAAUAUUUUGCUCUCCUGUGGGUCAAAGAGAAUAUAGUUUAUUUUGAUGGUGACUCUCAAAACAUCACCCUGUUUGGUCACCACUCUGGUGCUGCAAGUGUUGCUCUACAUAUGACUUCACCCAGAACUCAAGGUUUAUUCCAAAGAGCUUUACUUUCCUCUGGAAGUGCAGUAUCGCCAUGGAUUGUUGACAGUAAUACUAUACAUGUUUCAAAACAACUUGUAAGAAUUUUGAAAUGCGAUGUUAACACAUUGAAUUGUAUGAGAGCAAAAUCGACUGCUGAGCUACUGCAAGCUUUUCAGUUAUACUCGGAGUCAGUGAAUACCACCAAUUUAUUAUCACCCAUAACAGACGUAUUCUUACCUGUAGAUGAUAGAUAUUUACCGGUAACGGCAACUGAUAGUUUUCGUAAUGGACUAAAUGUGCAAAUUCCUACAUUGAUAGGUGUUGGAUCUGUUAUUAAGUACCCCCAAGUUGAUCAGUGGAUAAAUUUGCUGAGCCAGGGAUACUUUUUCCUUCAGAAAUUUGUGAAAAAGGUGAAAAUUCCAGAGAUAUUGGAACUGUACAAACUGAACGAAACAAUGCGAGAUCUGAUCGCAAAUUUGAUUGAAUGGCAUUACUCUUUGUUCUUUGAUAUUGAUGGUAGAUUUCUUAUAGAUCAGCUGAAAAAACUUGAAUAUGAGGCGAAAAUUGAAGCACCAGUUUUCCAACAAAUUUCUUACAUGUCUCAGCAUACUAGUUCUCCUACAUUUGUCUAUUCAAUAAAGCAUGAUGAGUUUAUUACAGAUAUCAGUGACGAAUCCAUAACUAUGGAUAUGGUCUUAUUUUCCGGACCAAGUAUUGUAAGACAAAUUAGCAAAAAACGUUACAGCACUAAAGACAUUAUGAUAUUUGGAGAAAUUCAAGAAUAUAUAACAAAUUUUGUAAGAUUUGGUAACCCUACACCUAAUGCGAAAAGACCUUGGAGAAAGUAUGUACUGCACGAUCCUUAUGUGAGAGAAAUUGAAGGUAAUUCUUAUGUAAAUAAUGACAGACUUCUCAGAAAAAGGAUUUUAUUCUGGAAUGAUUUGUUGACAAAAUUUUCACAUAGCAGAUACAAUAUUAUUCAGCCUAGUGUAUCGGUUGAAUUAAACAACUCAGGUGAUACUUAUUUAUUAUUACUUAUUCUAAGUUUUUCAAUUGAUUCAACUGUUUAUUUUAGUUGGAUCUGCAAUUGGGCUCAGAAAUGUUAUUCUAUGUGGUCUAUUAGUAUUUCUACUUCUCUUACUUAUUGUAUGUAUCAUUUUAUUGAGAAGAAAAUCAAGGAUGAUGAGGACAAACUCAUCUUGGACAAUCGGUUAAGAAAUAAAAAUAAAAAAGUUUGUUAUAAAAUACAGUACUUUAUUUCCCUAUGGGUCCUUCAUCUUGCAUCGAAAACAAUAAGCCUUUUUGUCCUUUUCUUAUACAUAAUCCUAUAACCACAUUCCCUACAACGUAUGGGAUCUCUAGGUCUAAUUUCGUUCUCAUGAUGACAUUCUCCACAAAUAUACACCAUAGGAGUUUUCAAUGCUGUAGACUCUUUCGAUGUUGCCGUUGAAGGCUCAGACAUUUUCUUCUCUUACGAAGUAUUUCAAGGGAAAUAGAAAAUACACUUUAGCUUCAGUCAAUAUUUGU